AUGAUAUCGCUUAUUUUUUUCUUUUCAUUUUUAUUGACAAGUGUUUUAACCAAAGAAAUUUCUGGUGUUUUCACGUCUUUCAAGUCCUUAGUGUGGGAGCUGGGAUCUAAGUAUACAUAUGUUUCUCCUAGCCAUCCUUCUUGGAUGGUAACAAUGGGUUGGGACAUUGACGGAUCCACCAUGAGUGCUGGAGAUACUUUCACCUUAACUAUGCCAUGUGUAUUCAAGUUUACCUCCGAAUAUAAACAUGUUGAUUUGAUCGCAACGCACCCAAUCACCGGCGCAACAACCACCUUUGCUACCUGUCAUUUCAAUCCAGGAGAUAUUCUUGUUACGUACUCUGAAUUAUUGUGUGUUUUACUGGAUGAGGUUGACUCUGAGACGAAAGCAUAUGGCGCUAUCACUAUUCCAGUUACUUUUAAUGCUGGAAGAGGAGCAAGUGAUACAGACUUGGCAUGUGCAGCUAUGUUUCAUUCUGGAACCACCACGGUUUCAUUCAGAGACGGAGAUAAUAUUCUUUCUAUUGAUGUUGAAUUUGAAAAGGGGUGUGACCAUCUAAAGCCAUUGUUACGACAUAGUCGGAUAUCACUUUUAUUCGAUAAUAGCCAACCGGUUAUAUUCGCUGCGGAAUGUCCUGAUGGUUAUGAUUCGGGAACUCUUGGAAUACAACUUGUGUAUGAAGAGCACACAAUUAAUUGCAAUUAUGCGAGAGCUGCUAUAACCAAUGAAUUAAAUGAUUGGUGUUUUGCCAAGUCUAUUGCACCAUUUACAUUUACAACAAGUUGUAAUCAAAGCACUUUCAUUGUUGAAUAUGAAAAUAUUCCAGCAGGUUACAGGCCCUUUCUUGAGAUUCUUGUACGAGCACCUCCUCCCGCGAAAAUGAACAUGACCUACAUAGAGACGCACUACUGCUCUGGUCUGCCUGAACUAGUUAACAAUACAUAUAUGGAAUACUGGGGGGAAUAUAAAAACGUAAGUCCUUGGUCCGAUGGUCGUGAAAUUGUUCUCACUACUAGAACUUAUACGGGGAAAUAUACCACAGUAACCACUCUAAGCUUUGAUCACUCCCUUGACAAAACCAAAACUAUUGUUGUUGAAGUUCCAAUUCCAACUACAACUAUUACUACGACGUACGGUGGGAAAGUCACCACAAGAACUACAAAGACAGUGGAACCUGGGGAAACUGCUACUGUUAUUGAAUUACGUCCGAUAGAAACUUAUUUUGAAACAAGAACUUGGACGGGAACAUUCACCCAGCUGACUACGUUACCAUAUGAUAUUGACAUUGAUAAAACUGUGACCGUGCUUGUUGAUAUUCCUAUUCCAACUGUGACACUGACCACGACCUAUGAUGGUACCACGACUUCGUACACUACUGUGACUGCAGACAUUGGUGAGACAGCCACUGUAAUCGAAUUCCACCCACCACAUACUGCUACUGAAACCAGAACAUGGACAGGAAGUUUUACUCAAACGACCACAUUACCAUAUGAUCCUGAAAUUGAUAAGACUGUAACUAUUGUUGUUGAAGUUCCUAUUCCUACAGUUACGCUGAGCACGACUUAUGAUGGCUCUACCAUUUCGUACACCACUGUGACGGCUGAACCUGGCGAGACAGCUACUGUUAUUGAGUACCAUCCUGGUGCUCACUCUCUUGGUACUGUUACUGAAACCAGAACGUGGACAGGUAGUUUCACCCAAACGACCACGUUACCUUACGAUCCUGAGAUUGACGAAACUAUGACUAUUAUUGUCGAGCUUCCUAUCCCUACAGUAACACUGACCACAACUUAUGAUGGCUCUACCGUUUCGUACACUACUGUGACAGCUGAACCUGGAGAGACAGCCACUGUUAUUGAGUUCCAUCCUGUACCUAUUCCAACUGUUACGCUGAGUACGACUUACGAUGGCUCUACCGUUUCGUACACUACUGUGACAGCUGAACCUGGUGAGACAGCCACUGUCAUCGAGUACCAUCCUGGAGGUCAUUCUCUUGACACUGCUACUGAAACUAGAACUUGGACAGGAAGUUACACGCAGACGACUACAUUACCUUACAAUCCUGAAAUCGACGAAACCGUGACUAUCAUUGUCGAAGUACCUAUUCCAACUGUUACACUGAGUGCGACUUACGAUGGAUCUACCAUUUCGUACACCACUGUGACGGCCGAACCUGGCGAGACAGCUACUGUCAUCGAUGGAGAACCCGGAGCUCAUUCUCUUGAAACUGCCACUUCAACUAGAACUUGGACAGGAAGUUUCACCCAAAUGACCACGUUACCAUAUGAUCCUGAAAUUGAUAAGACUGUAACUAUUGUUGUUGAAGUUCCUAUUCCUACAGUUACGCUGAGCACGACUUAUGAUGGCUCUACCGUUUCGUACACCACUGUGACAGCUGAACCUGGCGAGACAGCUACUGUUAUUGAUGGAGAACCCGGAGCUCAUUCUCUUGAAACUGCCACUUCAACUAGAACUUGGACAGGAAGUUUCACCCAAAUGACCACGUUACCAUAUGAUCCUGAAAUUGAUAAGACUGUAACUAUUGUUGUUGAAGUUCCUAUUCCUACAGUUACGCUGAGCACGACUUAUGAUGGCUCUACCGUUUCGUACACCACUGUGACAGCUGAACCUGGUGAGACUGCUACGGUUAUAGAGUAC